UCAAAAGUUCAUCUCUAUGCAGUUAUCAACAAACUCUGAAAUCCAAAGACCCCCACGUAAGAGCCUUCACAUGAACUUGGAAAUGGCGCCAUCCUUUGGAGAUCUCGGGGAACUGACGCGUGCAGGAGGAGCUGCUGGUGCGCAACUGCGCCGGUCUCACUGACGCAUGGACAUGCUGCCGGUGGCAUUAUCUAUUACAUGGAAAAGACGAUAUGGGCUUUCAUGUCGCAGGGAAUGGCAUGCUGACGAUGUGUGCCAUUCCAUGACGGGCCUCUCCAGUUCUCCUCCUGGUUCUCACGAAUGCAUCAUGGGAAAUGCACGGGUUGCGGUGUAGAAAUAAAUUCAUGACACGAUUAAAAUGUCACUGUGUUACAGAGGAACAGAGAGGCGGAUGCUGGCCGACUCUGAGUGCUUGAACCCUGAUCUUUGCGGCUGACCCCCCUCCACCCCGGGGUCCAGCUGACGUGUCACUUCGGGCCCAGAAAAAACAUAGAUUUACCGGGAAAAGUUCUUGAACGGCGCAGCGCAAGAAGUGGAACCACAAGAGCCUUGUCAUUGCUCUCCGGUGACAAGUGGGCCUGUUUUUACACCUUCCUUCUAAAUAAGGAAGCGGCCUGACAGACAUAUGACCACCGACCCAAUUUGGGAGCAGCCCGAGUGCCCCCAUCGCGUCCCAGGCCGCUGAACACCACCAAUAAGCUUUCUUCCCUUUCAGGCCAGCAGUGACAGUGGGCCAUUCCCUUCCACUCUCCGCAGACUUGAUAUUUUUCCUGCUGCCUGCUCCCUUUCCACCCUUGUAUUAUCCCAGCGGUGAAGUCAGCAUGAUGUCAUCCAGGGAUGCGAUAGCCCUGGCAAGGUUGAGGCAGGGUUUUUGGUGAGUGGGUAGCCCAGAGGAUUUAUUCUGAACUCUUACCGGGAGAGAGAGACUGUCAGAGGGGAAGAGAGAGAGACAGAGCGAGUGCGUGUGUGUGUGAGAGAGAGAGAGGGGCGCGGAGGAGCUGCAAAACAUGGUAAUCACCACCAACAACAUCACCAUCACCAUCACCAUCACCUCCAGCUCUGCCGCGCACUCUCCCGUCUCCUCUCCUCCUCUGCACCGGGGCUUGCGUUUCAUGCCCAAAGCCCUGCUCUGCGCUCCAAAAAUAACCCUCAGCCAGCAUGCCGAAGGAAGCAAAACAAGAAGAGCGGUAUUUUUAGGGUCAUUAAUUUCGACCACGUGGUCCGAAGGUAAACCGGAUGGCCGUUGCGCAAAGGCUCCUCGUCAGUAUGUCCUGCGAGGCCGGCACGCCGCACUGGACGCUGACCGCGGUGGUUCUCCUGGGCUUUCUGCUGGGGAUCGUGUCAGCGUACCCUUUACCGAGCAGCAGGACAAAUGCAACUUUACUGGAGAAACGAUGGGAGACCCUCUUCUCCCGCUCUGUACUGGGGAUCUCCGGGGAGAAACCGGAGCUGAACUGGGAGAGCGACUAUCUGCUGGGCAUCAAAAGAGUGCGGAGGCUCUACUGCAACGUGGGCAUCGGGUUUCACCUUCAGAUCCUCCCCGAUGGCAGGAUAAACGGUGUACAUAAUGAAAACCAGUACAGUCUAAUAGAAAUCUCUACGGUGGAGAGAGGAGUGGUGAGCCUUUAUGGGGUGAAGAGUGAAUUGUUUGUCGCAAUGAACAGCCGCGGGAGGUUAUACGGAACGAAAGUCUUCCAUGACGAGUGCAAGUUCAAGGAGAGCAUGCUCCCGAACAACUACAACGCCUACGAGUCCCUGGUUUACAGAGGAUCCUACAUAGCGCUCAGCAAGCACGGCCGCAUCAAGAGGGGCAACAAGGCCACGACUGCCAUGACCGUAACGCACUUCCUACCCCGAAUAUGACGAGCGAAGAAAAACUGGCUAUAACAAACUCUUUUGCACAUGUGGAUUAUUUCCCAGGUAACAUGAACACCAUAUACGUACGUACAAACACAAAAGACAAAAUGGACUGCAAAAGAAAGAAAUACAGUUAUAUCUGAUAGUAUUUAUUCAAACUUUAUAUGUAUAUUUGGGUAGCUUACUUUGUAUUAGGAAAUUAUGGAGAUGCCAUUCUUUGCUGCUUUUAUGAUUUUGAUCGUUUUGUGAUAUGAAGGGGAUGGAGGGGCGGCGUUUUGUCCCCUCAGAUUUUAUGGGUGCUUGCUGGAAUUGGUCCUUGCCCUGUCGGUGGAUGACAGUUCAUCUGUUUUUUUUUUUUUGUUUUGUUUUGUUUUUGGAAAUGAUACGUUAUUACCUCAAAGCACCAUAUCCCGAGGAGAAGAUGUAGGAAAAAGAGAAAUGUGUGCAUGAAAUUUCUACGCAGAUGAAUGCCUGUUUACUUACAAUGUUGAUUUUGUCGCCAUCCGUUUAGGGUUUAGACGACUCCCAUAUGUUUGAUUGUCACUGUCAGGGGGCAACUAGAGCACUUGCAAAUGUGUUUUUUUUUUGUUUUUUUCCUGCGUCGUCAUGCGGUGGCGGUGCCUUGAAUUCCUUCUUACGGCCCCCUUAUCCUUGCCUGCAGGGACACGUGGUGCUCAAGUCAGAAAUAGGAACGAUACGCAAGUCAUCACUCCCUCAGACACCGCAGGAGGACUUUAGCCCAAUUCCUAGAGGGCCAGAGGUUUCGCCAUUUUAUUUUCUUUCCAUAAUUAGAUCAAUUAAGUAAUUGAGACUCUAUGCUGCACAGGACCCAGUGGAGUCUCUUGUUAAUAUGGAAAGCUAGAUUUAGAGUCAGCA